AUGACGGAUCAAUGUUCAGCUAUGGCUGCUGGCAUUUCCAUGGUGUUUCCUACAUCACGCCACCGUCUUUGCAUAUGGCAUAUUGGUGAGAAUUCGAAGAAGCAUAUUAAGGCAUUGAGGAAUCAUAAGGAUUUUCUGGAUAUGUUUAAUUGUGUGUUGAAAUACACCGAGACUGAAGCUGAAUUUGAGGUUUACUGGACAAGGAUGGUUACAAAAUAUAAUUGUCAUAAGAAUACAUGGCUAGAGAAGCUUUAUGACUGUAGGGAGAAGUGGUGUCCAGCGUUCAACAAGGAUUAUUUCUCCGGGGGUAUUUUAUCUUCGCAAAGGAGUGAAAGCACAAAUCAUGCAAUUUCUAGGAGGCUGUCCAAGACUGCUGGUUUAUGUGAUUUUUAUUCAUCAUUUGUGAGUGUUAUAUCUGAAUGGAGAAGUAAGGAAAAUGGCGAGGAUUUCCGGUGUUCUCAAGGAGUACCCGCCAUGAUGUUGGAUCAUGUGAAACUCCUUUCACAUGCUAGAGAGUGCAAGUAUCACGUGUGGCGACCAGACAUAGAUAUCAUAAGGCAUGAAGUAACCUUUAAGGCAAUCAAUUUGGAUAUAUGUUGUAGUUGCAAGCUGUUUUCAGAAUUGGGAAUACUUUGCUGCCACUGCUUACGUAUACUUCAUGUGCACUGUGUUUCCAGUAUUCCCGAUAAAUACAUUCUAAAAAGAUGGACUAAAAAGGCUGUUGAGCGUACAAACGUGGACAUUGCAUCUGUGUUUUAUAAUGGUGGUGUCCCUUCUUCAAUUUGGGCUGUUGAGAUUAGUAGGAAAUUUCAAAGGCUUAUUGUUUCUAGCCAAGAUAACAGUGUUGCUAGACAAUUAUGUGAUGAAGCCGUUGAGAAUGCAAGGAAAAACAUUGAAGCUGAGAUUGGGGAUGUGAACACUGAGGAGGGUGCUGUGUCUUCGUCAAGUGGUAUUGUCCAAGACCCCUCAAGCCGGAGGGGUAAAGGUGUGAGAAAUAAAAGGAGUAGUAGUGUUAUUGAGAAGAAGUACAAUGCAGCAAGGGGAAGAAAGAGCGCUGCAAACAAGCUUGCUUCAAUUACAAAGGGCUCUGUCCAAUCAUUGGUCUUGGAAAAUAUUUCAGAGAUUGCUCGUGAUGGAUAUCUUGUACAUCCAAGCACCGGGGGUUCACAAUUUGUUCAUUUUAAUAAGAAUGUAGACCACGAUGUAGCUAUAGACUGA